UCGUCGGGUGCGCAACAAUCGCUUCAUGGAAUUCACGAACAAAAAUGGAAACACAAAAAUAAUCAACAUUAUAAAAAUCUACUUGAUUUUUUUAAAGAGCUACUCAUUUGUGCCCGCGUAUUCGCGCCAGACACUGCGAUUCGACCACGUACUGAUAACACACCAGUCACACGAUUCACGCACAACUGCUCAUAAAAAAUACACAGGCACAAACAGCCACCACAACGUGGCAAAUCGGUGACAAUAUUGUCAGUGAUUGCAGCACAGUUGAUUCACGGAGUGGUUACAGUAGUGAGACGAAGGGUCUUACGAACGAAGCUGAUUUCUUUUUUCUCGAAAUGAAAUGAUAGUUGGCGGAAUUUACCAAAAUUGAGGAAUCAGGAGUUACAGCAGUAGGUUACGUCUGGCAGAAAUGAAUGUUCAUCGAGUGCCUUCAUCAGUGAUUAGAAGUCUACGAAAUACUGAAUAACGGAAUAGGGGUGGUGACUGCUACAUGAUUUUUAGAGAGAGGAAAUUCAUCACGUAUGUCAAUUGGUUUUCGGUUAAAAAAAUUGAAGUCUUGUCACAAUGAAACGUAAAAAUGGUAGACAAGAUUCGAUAGAGUAUGGCCAGCUCGGUGCCAACGAUUAUCAUGAACCUGGUAAUGUCCGAGGAGACGAGGGCAAUAUUGCCCUCCUCUUGUUUUUGUAUUUACUCCAGGGAAUUCCUCUUGGAUUGUGCAGUGCUAUUCCCAUGAUACUCCAGAAUAGUCAUAUUUCAUAUAAACAACAGGCGGAAUUUAGUUUCGUUCUGUGGCCAUUCUCCUUAAAACUAUUCUGGGCUCCAAUCGUUGAUGCAAUAUACUCCCAGAAAUUUGGGAGACGAAAGACAUGGCUGAUACCCAUACAGUAUACCAUGGGUAUGUUUAUGCUGUACCUGUCGGGACAUGUACAGCAGUGGAUGAAUGACAGUCAGCCGAGUAUUGGGUUACUCACCGUAUUAUUUUUUUCGCUUAAUGUGCUUGCGGCUACUCAGGAUAUUGUUGUCGAUGGCUGGGCACUUACGAUGUUGAAGAGAAACAAUGUAGGAUAUGCUUCCACCUGCAAUAGCGUUGGUCAGACUGCAGGGUAUUUUUUAGGAUAUGUUCUUUUCAUGGCACUAGAGUCUCCUGAAUUUUGUAAUGCAUAUCUUCGCUCUACUCCAUCGACUGAGGGACUUAUUACACUGCCUGGAUUUUUACACUUUUGGGGCUGGGCUUUUAUUGUUUGCACAUCAAUGGUUGCUAUUUUCAAACGUGAAACUGAUGAGCAACAUUCCCAGACCAAUGAUCUCUGGGAAGAUGUUAAACACUCGUACAGUUUACUCUGGGCUACAAUGAAAUUACCAACUAUUAAAAUGACAGCAUUGAUUCUACUCACUUCCAAGAUUGGCUUUUCUGCAUGCGAUGCAGUGACGGGUUUGAAACUCAUAGACGCUGGUGUACCAAAAGAAAAAAUAGCCUUGAUGGCAGUUCCACUGAUACCACUGCAGAUUGUCUUGCCACUAGCCAUAUCUAGACACACUGUGGGCCCUCGACCACUGGAUGUCUUUUUAAAAGCCAUGCCUUACAGACUCUUAUGCGGUCUUAUCGCUGCAGGAUUGGUGUGGAUAACACCGUCCUUCAUAAAUAAUGGCCAAGUAUCGCCGUAUUAUUUUGUCCUCCUUGUUCUCCUAUAUGUUUUCCAUCAGAUAACAGUAAGUAGUAUGUUUGUAGCUUCUAUGGCAUUUUUCGCCAAAGUGAGUGAUCCUACCGUGGGUGGAACUUAUAUGACAUUCUUGAAUACACUUUGCAAUCUCGGGGGCAAUUGGCCCACGACAGCCGCACUUUGGUUUGUCGAUGCUCUCACGUGGAAAUCGUGCAACAGUGAUGCCAAUAAUGAUUGUGGUACACCCACAGCACAAGAGCAAUGUGAGCUCAAUGGCAAGUGCAUCACACGACUGGACGGAUUCUACCUUGAGAGUAUCGUCUGUGUAAUAAUUGGGGUCGUAUGGUUCAGAUGGGGAAAGAGGAAAAUAAAUUACUUGCAGUCCAGACCGAUGACUGAUUGGAAAGUUGUGCCGCACAGGAGUUAACGUUUACUGGUUGUCUAGAUUUUUAUUCAUAAUAAUUCAUCCGAUUGUUUCAUUAACUCCUCCAUAUACAUUUAUUUAUUAAACAGUCAAAUAAGGGAAUAUUUUCGGUUGAAUCUGAUGUGUAAAUAAUUUAUUUGAUAUUUCAAAAUUUGAUGAACUGUCCAUAUUAGCACAAUAUUGACCCAAAUUGUUCUUUCUAUUAUGAUUUGCAUCAUCAUUCCAACAAUUUUAAUAAAUCAUGUUUUUAGGCAAAUUCUUUUAACAUUUAAAAAAUGUAAAUAAAGUGGAAACAAUUUAUUUAACA